CCCCAAAAAAAAAAAGCCCGAUCGCUGAUUGUUGUUUUGUAGGAGCUAAAGCGUAGCUCUAAAAUUCCGUGCCUUUCUAUAGUUCACUUUUUUGCUUGAAAAAAAUUGUGGGUUAUCUUCAUUUUGUUAAAAUCUCGUUGAUGGGUCAGAAACUUGAUACGAUGGGCCAACAGCAAUCCAAAGACGAGUUGCUUUAUCAGGCUGCAAGUGCUGGAAACGUGGAUGCUAUUAAAGCUUUUUGCAGAGAAGGUGCUGCCGUUGAGUGGAUUGACAGAGAUGGAAAGACUCCCCUCAUUGUGGCAUGCAUGAAUCCUGAACUAAUACAUGUGGUCAAAACUCUCAUUGAAAUGGGUGCCAAUGUCAAUGCUUACCGCCCUGGACGUAAUGCAGGGACUCCAUUACAUCAUGCUGCAAAAAGAGGCCUGGAGCAAACUGUUAAGCUGCUUCUUUCUCAUGGCGCAAAUGCUUUAUUGAGGAAUGAUGAUUGUCAUACUCCACUUGAGGUUGCGAGAAUCAAGGGAUGUACAAAUGUUGUCCGUGCAAUUGAGAAUCAUAUUUGCUGUUUCUGUGGAUGGUUGCGGGAGUUUCGUGGUCCAGGCUUUCUUGGUGGAUUUGCUCCUCAGUUGUUAUCAAGAAAAAUCUGGGUUGCCGUUAUCCCUUGUGGUUCUGGUAAUCCUGUGAAACCUCCCAGAUUUGAGCUUGCUAUUUAUUCCACUUUGCAGGAUGCCCAGCCUCACAUAGUGAUUGCUCUUUGGAAGGCCAAAAUUGAAGAGCCCAAAUUUCAUCAAUCAGAUCCAUCACUGGCCAUAGUUGAUCAAACCAAAACUCGAUACAAGCUUUCAUCUGGAAAUGAGGGGGACAAACAGCAGCUUCAAUGGUUAUAUAGUGCAUGCAAAGGAAUUCCUCAGGUAAUCCCUUCUGCAACGGUUCUUGAUGCCCAAAAUUCCAGUGCAGCAACUGCACAUCAGACUGCUGCUGAACCUGCAGAACUGGAUAAUAACCAGAGAUCUGGGGCAAUUCAUGCUAAUGGUUGGGAGAAUUCUGCACAUAUUGAAAGAUAUAAUGGAUGCAGUCCUGCUGUUGGACAGGCACAUUCAGCGUUAAGUAAUACCGGAUGGAUGGAUGGACCAACAAGAAAAGACUACAAUGGCUGGGGUGUGUCCGAUUCUAGGCCAGCUGGCAAGCAAAGUCAUCAGGUCCAAACCCUUGGGGAUCACAGUGGAUGGAUGGAUGGACCAACAAAAAAAGACUACAAUGACUGGGGCGUGGCUGAUUCUAGGCCAACUGGUGAACAAAGUCAUCAUGUCCAAAACCUCGCAGAUCCUUCCCCUCUUGUCCAAACAAGUGCAAUCUAUGUUACCGACUCUUCAGCUCCAUCUGCUCCACCAAUUCCCAAGGAUGCUUUAGAUGAAGAAACGAUUCAUUAUCCUUCAAUUGAUCCCAAUCCAGCUGAUUUGCCUGUGUCAGUGACAACAGGUUAUGGAGCCACUGCAAAUGAUGUUAAAGAACAAGGUGGUUCUUCCUCAUGUAUAAUAUGUUGGGAAGCUCCAAUUGAAGGUGCAUGCAUCCCCUGUGGUCAUAUGGCUGGUUGCAUGUCUUGUUUAAAUGAGAUAAAGGCCAAAAAGGGUCUUUGCCCUGUUUGCCGAGGUAAGAUAGAUCAAGUUAUAAGGCUCUAUGCUGUGUGACGGGCGGAAAUCCAAUAAUGGAUCCGGGAUUAAUGUAUGGCAGAUUGAUAAGUUUUGUGUUACAUUAUCAAGUUUAUUGUAAAUGAAAUUAGACCCUUCUUUCGUUGUACAUAAUUGGAAUAAUCAUAUAUACCAGUAUAUUGAAUUCCGGUCGUGUUUCCCGUUUAACGAUUCUGCCCAUGUACUCAGAAUAGCAUUAUUUAGUAAA